CUAUCAAAGUAUACUGGGGCCUGUCCAGGGUCCUGAACCAAAACAGUGCAUUCAUCUUGUCCCAAGUACUAAAUUUAAAGGAUUAGCCUUUUAAAUCAGAGCCCGACGCGGCUUCAUAGGUUUCAUAAGGAACUUUUUUGAUGUUUCUUCCGCCUUAUCUGACGACCAUCCCACGCAAGAAGGAGGGCUAUUUGCUGGAUUCACUGUCAUUCAGCAGCACUCGACCUGAUACUACUAUGGCUCAAUCCGAAUGCACCUCGAUCAGAUGUAGACAUUAGCUAGUACUUCCCUCUCUCGACAUUCCCCUUUUUCUCUUCUUUUGUCUUUGUGCCAUACAAUUAAUAUUAUUUUUAUUUUUAUUCCUGGUUGUUUUGAUUUCUAAACUUUGCACUGAAAGCUUCUAAAAGUCAAGAUUUAGCACUUCCCAUUUCCACCAUAUUCCGCCUUACAUUCUUGAUGAGUAUGCUGAGAACUUGGUAAUUAAAGUGCAAACGUGUAACAAAAUCUGUGGAAGAAAAUGGAACUUAAAAAAGAAGAGUUCAAAAAAUUAGCUGGGAAUGCUCUAGGGCAACUGCACAGAGUAUUGGAAAGAAGGCAGGCAAAUACUGAAACUAUUGAAUUAACUGAAGAUGGACAACCAAAGGAAAUUAAAGGAAAGAAGAAGCCGAUGCUGGACUGCACAUGCUUUGGCCUCCCACGUCGCUACAUUAUUGCCAUCAUGAGUGGUCUUGGGUUCUGUAUCUCUUUUGGUAUUCGGUGUAACCUUGGAGUUGCCAUCGUCAGCAUGGUCAACAACAACACAGAAUACCACGGAGACAAAUUAGUCAUGAAGAAGGCAGAAUUCACCUGGGACCCGGAAACUGUUGGAAUGAUCCAUGGUUCCUUUUUUUGGGGUUACAUCGUCACGCAAAUCCCCGGGGGAUUCAUAUCACAGAAAUUUGCAGCCAAUAGAGUGUUUGGCUUCGCCAUUGUGUCUACAUCUGUACUAAAUAUGCUCAUCCCAUCUGCUGCAAAGGUUCACUAUGGGUGUGUAAUCUUUGUACGAAUAAUGCAAGGCCUGGUAGAGGGGGUGACAUACCCAGCAUGCCAUGGGAUUUGGAGUAAAUGGGCACCACCAUUAGAGCGAAGCAGGCUUGCCACCACAGCCUUUUGCGGCUCAUAUGCUGGAGCAGUGGUUGCUAUGCCUUUGGCUGGAGUCUUAGUCCAGUACUCAGGAUGGACAUCUGUCUUUUAUGUAUAUGGAAGCUUUGGACUGUUUUGGUACAUGUUUUGGAUUCUAGUCUCUUAUGAAAGUCCAGCAAAACAUCCAACUAUCUCUCAAGAAGAAAGGCGAUACAUUGAAGAGAGCAUCGGUGAGGGAGCUCAGCUCAUGAAUCCACUGACGAAGUUUAAGACUCCCUGGAAAAAGUUUUUCACCUCAAUGCCAGUCUAUGCAAUUAUCGUGGCCAAUUUCUGUAGGAGUUGGACGUUCUAUCUCCUUUUAAUUAGUCAACCUGCAUAUUUUGAGGAGGUCUUUGGAUUUGAAAUUAGCAAGGUUGGUUUACUCUCAGCCCUUCCACAUCUGGUGAUGACAAUUAUAGUGCCUAUAGGUGGCCAAAUUGCAGACUUCCUUCGGACAAAACGAAUCAUGUCAACCACCAAUGUUAGAAAGAUGAUGAACUGUGGGGGUUUUGGUAUGGAGGCAACUCUACUUCUUGUAGUAGGUUACUCCCACAGCAGGGGCGUGGCUAUUUCAUUCCUGAUAAUGGCAGUAGGUUUCAGUGGAUUCGCUAUUUCAGGAUUUAAUGUAAACCACUUGGAUAUUGCUCCUCGCUAUGCCAGUAUUCUCAUGGGGAUCUCCAAUGGUGUUGGUACAUUAUCUGGCAUGGUAUGUCCGUUGAUUGUAGGUGCCAUGACGAAACAUAAGACACGAGAGGAGUGGCAGUAUGUCUUCCUGAUUGCCUCACUGGUCCACUAUGGUGGUGUCCUUUUCUAUGGCAUUUUUGCAUCUGGAGAAAAGCAGCCAUGGGCAGAGCCUGAGCAGAUGACUGAAGAAAAAUGUGGCUUCAUUCAUGAAGAUGAGUUGGCGGAAGAGACUGAGGACUAUAUGCAAGGUGGAUAUGGUAGCUAUGGUUCCACCAAAACCACCAAUGUUGUCAAUGGUGGUUGGACAGCUGACUGGGAUAAGAAAGAAGAAUUUAUACAGGAUAAAGGAGAAGAUUCUUAUAUGUAUGGGGAUGUGGCUGAUAGGGACUUAUCUUGAAAAUACAAUGGUUGCAGCUGAACUCCAGAAGCACCAGAUCCAACAUGUUUUUUUUUGUAAGACAUUCACUUGAUAAUUGAGCCAUUCUCUCUAAUUAAUGAGUUCUGAAACUUGUUGAUAGUUCCAACUUCCCCUUCCCAAAGGCGGCCUCCCCUGUUCACAUAAACGAAGCAGGGUUACUCCGCAUUGUGUUAUACAGUGUAGAAGUGUUUGUCUGUGGAACAUUCAACAUAACUCCACCAACACCAACAAAAAAAACUAGACUGUCGUAUUGCAUGUUAGUGUAUUGUUGGGGGGAGAGGUUGAGUAGAAAAAGAAAGAAAAAUUCAUAUUUUGAGAUCAAUUACAUUUUGAUUACCUGACUCACUAAGUUCACAUUUGUUAUAAAAAUGAAAACCAAAAACUGUUUCUAAUUAUAAAGAAUACAGUUUUGAGAAAUACUGUAAAUACCUUAGAAAGUGGAUGGUUCACAACUCACCAUAUGAUGAUUUAUGACGGUAUACGUCAUUGUUAGCAGAAAAAUUUGGAGACUAGAGAAAAUAUGCCUCUACUUGACAUCCCCUAGUGAUAAAGAUGGCUUGGUACCAAGUAUGAGCAUUAUAAGAAAUGCUUAAAAAUGAAGUGCACAGGCUACAACAUGACCCAGUUUCAGAGUAAUAUAGCUUUAAUAUAUGAUGAUUAAGAAAUCAUUUUUACUCACCUCUUUUAUUUUUGGGCACUUUAUUUGAUACAUAAUCUAUUUGGGUACACAUUAAUCAACUGCCAACCUGCACAUUCUGGCAGUUUUAUUGCUGGUGAGGUACCUGUUAAUGAUGUAGUAAUAUUUCUAAUGAAUAGAUGCAUUAUAAGGCCAGAUGGUGUUUUCACCUGCCACUUUUUGCUGAUGCAGAAGUAGUGAUACACUGUGCUUGUGAUAUAAACAAUAUAUCACAGGGUCGCGACCACUAUAUGGGCGGAAGCAUACUCACAAGUGAAGAGAGGAGAGUACAGACAUCACUUUAGUCGACUUUAUGCCUUUCCUCACCCUCCUCACAGAAGAUAAGGCAUAUCUGCUGGUGACAACAAAUGAGGUUACUUUAAGGCACCUUAAACCUCAUGCAUUGCAAAAUAACCCACAUGCUUUCUUGUUGGCUAAUUAUACUGAUAGAAAUGAAUGCAGCAUCUCAAUUCAGUGUGCCAACACAUAUUUAAACAUCAUUCUUGGUUAUCUGUCUACCAUGUACUAUAUUCAGUAUUACAUUUUAUUUGGAGACUGUCAGAGAAGAAGUUAGUUAACAAAGUGCUGCAUAUUUGUCAAAAGCACAUUAACUAUUUUGAUAUUUCUACAAGGUAGACUGCUGCAUGCUAACCUGGAGUAUAAUAUUGUGGGUAUCCUCUACUUUAAAAAGACAAUUUUAGGAAUCAGCAAGUAACCUGAUAUAAAAUUUUUCAUAUAGCUCUUAGGUUGUCUUUAACAAAACAUUUUGUGUUUCUGCUUAAGUAUUAAAAAAGCAGCAACUUCAUUAUUACAAUUACAAAGUAAAUUACAUUUACCAGUGACAAUUUCUAGGUUUAGUUUUAUAAAAAAAUGCAAAUCAAAAGUUUUAUCAGAAUACUUCCUAAGCACAAACCUGAUCUUAGCACAAAAAAGUUCCAUCUGGAUGUAAGCACACAGCAUGAGGGAAAACAAAGGAUUUCUUUCUUUUUUAAUUUUAGUAACUAUCAGGAAGAUAGGAAGAUUUUAAUAUAUGUUUCAAGGGCUUGUUUAUUUUUAUUAUUUUUUAGGUAAACACUGACGCUGUCUGUUGUAAGCCUCUUUCCGAGUAAGAUGGGGAAGGCAGACAUUUUUGUGGUUGGUACUAUUUUAGUAAAGUAGGAAAAGUUAAUCAUGCCAUUAAAGUUUAAAAUUUUUCACAGUCAAA